AUGGCGUUUUCUCAGUCAAUAGGAAAAGCACAGACUCCAGCUAUGUGUCAGUUCUGUGAAGAAUCACCAGACAUUAAGUGGAAGUGUAUAAACUGUGAACUAUUUUUAUGUCAGCGGUGCUGUUCAAAGAUACAUAGUAAAAUCAAGGCAUCUAUGGAACAUGAAAUUAUAAAUGUAAAAGAUUUUGAAAUGGCAGAUUUUGCCACUUCAGUGCGGAAAGUUGACCUUGAAAACAUGGUAUGUAAAAUUCAUGACAAACAAAAGUGCUUUGUCUUUUGUAAAGAUUGCAAAGAGCCUUCUUGUUCCAAAUGCUUAAUAGAGACUCAUAAAUUGCAUGACUAUAAAGACCUUGAUGAAGAGUACAAAGAAAUAAUCUUUGAAAUGGAGGAACUAAUCAAACAGUUUGAAGCCAAUCUAAAAUUCAUUAGUAAUGAAAAGAAACAGUUGCAAAAAAAGCUUUCUGAUGGUGAUAACAAUUUCCAAGAAACAAGGGAUUUAAUUCUGCAAACGGAGAAAAAAAUGAAAGACGUUAUUUCAAAACAUGCUAAAGACCUCUUACAAGAACUUGAAGCAAAAUGGAAGCCAACUGAAAAUAUCAUAAAAAGAGAACUUUCAGCCAUCACAAAAAAUGAAGAGAAGAUAAAGACCAAGAAGAAAAAUCUAUACCAAGCUCUGCAGUCUCAUCAAGCCAUUGACAUUUUCUCUACAAGUAAAACUUUAGAAAAGUCAUUGUCACAUUAUUCAGUUAAAAAAAUAAAAGAAAAUAAAACAAAGUUUAUUCCCACAAAUAUGGAAGUGAAAAAAGGAAGUCAGUCAGUGUUAGGCGACAUUUAUACAACUCUGGACUUGGAACUUAUAAACACUUAUCACAGUGAUCUUGAAAAUGUGACAAAUAUAGUAUUCUGCAGUGACAAAACAGCAUUUGUAGGAAGCCUCAAUAGUUCAAAAAUACAAAAAAUAAACUUUGAAACUAAUUAUAUCAAAGUAGAAACAGAAAUUCUGAUAGAGGUUAACGAUAUGGCAAAAUUUACCGAUAAUGAAAUACUUGUGGCAACAGGACAAAGUGGUCUUACACUAUGUACCAAAGAUGGACAAUUUACCACAUUUAAGUCAUUUUCUCCAUUAAAAACUGCAAGUGUUCAUGUAACUAAAAACAAAAAGAUAAUAGUAGGUUUAGUGGAAUAUACUCUUGAUAUAUUUCGAAUUGCAAAAGACAGUCACAGAAAAGUUGUGAUUAUGAACCAGAAUGGUGACAUACAACAUACUAUUGAAUAUGACACAGACAAUCAAAGACUGUUAACAUGUCCUUAUAGAAUCAAUAGUUUAAAAGAUAGGAUAGUAGUUGUAGAUAAUACAGACAAGAAACGAGAGGGGAGGGUAGUAAUGUUUAAUUAUGGGGGACAACUCCAUUGGACCUACAAUGGAUGUAAUAGAAUCAUUUCUGAUCAGGUUAAGUUUUACCCAAGAGAUGUGUCAAUAACCUCUACAGCAAUGAUUUUAAUUUCUGACCAAAUCAAUCAUGCAAUACACGUAACAAAUCCUGCUGGAAAGGUUAUUGUAUGUUGUGAUGUAAAAGUCUUAGGUAUAGAGUUACCUUUCAGUUUUGAUAUUGACAAUAAUGAAGUUUUAUGGAUUGGCUGUGACACAUGGGAGGAAGACAAAAUUAGAAAGGCCAAGAUAAUACGUGUUAAACUUACUUGA